AUGCCAGACACCAUGAGGAGCUCUGCGCCAAGCUCCGCGUCGCCUGUGUGUCGCAGGACGGCGGCGCAAGCCGCCGCCGGGUCGAUCUUCUUUCGCUCCUUCGAGCCUUACCCGGUCCAACGCGCGUUCAUGGCGCACGUGGCGGCCUUCCUCGACGCGCCCGACAAGAAAUUCACCACACUUGAAAUGCCGACCGGCACCGGAAAGACAGUCGCGCUGCUCGCCAGCGCCCUCACCUGGUUGGAGCAGCACGAAGAGGAGCUACUCGUGGAGCGCAUGCAAGCAGAAAGGACGGCCGAGGCCGCGCGACGCGGAGAAGCGAUGCAGAACGGAGAAGGAGGCGCUGCGAACUCGCUGGCAAGCGCCCAGCCAAAGAAACGCACUGUGCCUCCGUGGAUUCGGGCGGCGUACGAGAAGCAGAAGCGCGAGGCAGCUGCGUGUGUCCUCCUCGAGGAAGAAGAGACUCACCGCGCUCGCCUGCUGCGCGCCGCGGCGCUGAAGCGAGAUAUCGCGGAGGCGCAAGAGAAGAGCCGUAGAGGCGGCGCGGCAGACGGGAAGGAAAAGAGCGUGGCGCGAGUGGCCGCGGCUCUGUGGAAGAAAAGGAAAAAAGCCGACGCGGAGCAAGGAAAGAAGGGCAUGGCCUUGCACACGCCUCACACAGGGCUCUCCGUGCGCGCUGGCGCCGAAGCGAGCCGAGAACUUCGCGGCGCAGAGGCGAGCGAGAGCGACGAGGAAGCGCUGCUGCUCGAAAUGCCUGCAGACUUGAGUCAAGGCGCGUCAGGCGGAGAGGAGAAUGCAUCGCCGCUGCGCGAGGGAAGUCCGCAGGGCGCGGCUACGCGGGCUACGAGGAAAACGCAGCUGGUUGUGGCAAGCAGGACUCACUCGCAGCUGCGGCAGUACAUCGAAGAACUCCGUCGCAUUCAGCGGGAGGCACAGGCGCGCGCUGCUCCUUCUCCCUCCUCUGCGGCGCACGGGUCUGCAGCCGCUCCUGAAGGCGCGCAGGCCUCGCGGCGCGGGCGCCAGCCAUUUCUCGCGCGACUCAAAGUCGCCGUCCUCGGUGGCCGCGAUCGCCUCUGCAUUAACGCAGUGAGGCAGCGUGAGGCGCGCGGUCGGAAGGGGCGGGAGGCCGACGGCGCCAGUUUCGACGGCGCGAGUGACGUUGCAGACGCCUGUGCACUUCUCCUCGAAAAAUCGAAAUGCGCGUUCUAUUCGAACCGCGCGGGUCUCGUUGACCUCGCUCUGACGGAGUGUAUGGACGUUGAAAAUCUGGCCGCCGCCGGAGCGUCGCCUGCGCUGCUCGCUUGCCCCUACUUUGCGGCCAAAGACGCGGCGAAAGAAGCUGACGUGAUUCUUCUGCCGACUAGCGCCCUGCUCUCUGACCAGCAGCGAGAGGCGCUUGAGGUCUCGCUGGAGGGGGCACUUGUGGUGAUUGACGAGGCGCACCACCUCCCUCAGUCGCUUGCGGACGCCGCCUCUUCCCGCCUAGACGCCAGAACGCUGAGCGACGUCGUCUCGGGCUUGCGCACGUACCUGGCGGCCUUCCAAGACCGCAUGCAUCCGCGGUCUAUUCACGCACUCCUUCAGCUGCAGCGUUUCUCUGAGAAGCUUUUCGAAGGCCUCUCCGCAUACGGCCGCUGCGAGCCUCGCGCCGAGAAGACAGCCGAACUCUCUCUUGCGUCGCCUUCUGCUUCCUCGAGCGCUUCCUCCUCCUCUCUGCUUCUGCCUCCUGAGCCUUCUGCGCCCGCCUCGCUUUCGGCGACGCCCCUCGCGUCGGGGUCGUCCUCGGCGAAGGGAGCGGCGUCGCAGGGAGGCGCGAGCGGAGGCCGGGAAGCCGUGAGCGAGAUGGCGAGCGAUGGUGGGACCUGCCUCGCGUCGACGGCCGCGGCUGACGAGCGACACGCUGUUUUUUCGCCGAGUCAGUUCCUGCGGCACUUCCAGUUGGGGGACUUUGCGCUCCACGAGCUCGCGCUCUUUCUUUCGCACCCCAAGGCGCAGUUGUGUCGCAGACUCCGCGGGUUUCUGAUGCGAAAAAACCGAAAAAUGCGUGUGCGCGCGCUCGGCCGAAGUGGAGCGCUGCGGGCGCCUGCCGGUGCAGAGCGGAGGGCCGCACGCAGCGACAGCUCCUCGCAGCGAGACUGCAGCGCCCAGGCAGGGGGCGACAGUUACGACGAGAGACAAAGACCCUAUCGCUCCACGUGUCUGUACGCACUCCAAACGUUCAUUGGCACUCUUCUGGGCGCGGGCGCAGACGACAAAGUCCUCCUGCGAUAUCCGCCCUCUCCGUCCUCGCUGAGGCCCUUUGCCGCCGAGGCCUCGAGACACGAGGCAUGCAAGCGGGGGCUGCAGACUGGGGGGGUCCGGGGCGCGCCCACGGGCCUCGCCCACGCGGCUGAGCCGGAAGUUUUUCGCUUCUCCUCGGUGCAGGUCGUCUGCCUUGACGUCGUCUCCGCGAGCAGGCGGUGCCUCUUGAUGGGCGGGACAAUGGGGCCGCGGCUGCGUUUCGCUCCUCUGCACGCGGCCCUGCCUGCAUCUUCCAUUUUUUCUGCGUUUUCGGGCUCCCACGUCGUCGCGGAUAAAAACCUGCUUCUUCUGCCGAUUCCCAGCUAUCAGAACUGCGUGUUCGACUCGCGGGUGUCGGCGAGGUGGCGCCUGGGCGAGCAGCAGGAGGCGCUCCUCCAUCUCCUCGUGACGUGCGCGGCGGCGCUACCGCCUGGAGAAGGCCUCGCGGUCUUCUUCGCGUCCUUCUCUCAGCUGCGCGCCUUCUCCGUCUUCUUCAAUAGCCAAGCCGCGUCUGCGCUGCGCUCAGCCUUCCAGCGGGGGUGCCCUCACAUCUUCGUGGAGCAGCAGGAGGUCUCUUCGCAAACGCAAGCUGCGAUGCCGUCGCCGCCCGCGGUCCCGCUGCCUUUUGGAGGCGCGGAAGAGGCGUCGCGGAAGCGCGAACGGGAGAUUCGCUGGAAGCCGCACGGAGUCUCCGCCAUGGUUGGAUCGGCAAGAAGGGAAUGGCACGAGGUAGAGCCGUGCAACGUGCGGACAGGAGGCGUCAUUUACGGCAAAGGCACGGUUCUCUUCGACGCUUACAAGGCAGUGCUCAUGGCGCCCCCUUCAGACGUAAAACGAGAGGAGAAACACGGCACCAUGUCAUUUAAUGAGCCAGGCAGACUACGCGGUAAUAAUGACGAGCAACGGGCGCUUUUUUCUCCGCCGAGCAAUCCGGCUUCUCCGGACAGUUCGCAGCUCUCGCUAGACGGCAGAGGGGGGGCAGAGCCAGAGAAGCCGAAAGCAGCAUUGUUCUGCGUGAUGAACGGCGCACUCAGCGAAGGCGUCAACUUCCACGAUAAUUUAGCCAGACUCUUAGUCCUCGUCGGCCUGCCGUUCCCGAGCAUAGUGGACCCGGAGUUUCAGCUUCGCUCGGCGCAUUUUGCCUCGUUGCUCAAAAAAGAAAAUCGAGGCACAGAUCGCUCCGCCGAGGCCACACCACACAGCUGCGCAGAGACGCAGGGGGAACCCGAAGGCAGAAAAACAGACGCUGGCACGGCGCCCCCUGCGGCGGAUAUCCCAGCGGCUGGAGAGAGAAAAGUAAACCGUCGGCUCAACGAGACCGCCGAUGCGGGAGGACGCAGCGAGAGGCUGAAUCCCCGUGGAACUGUCUGCGGACCAUGCGAAGGCAGGGCGUUGGGAGGAACAGAAGCAGGAACGUGUAUGCCUGUGCAGAGUAGCCAGCAGUCGCAAGAUAAUACGUCUACUCCCGGCUACGGCUUGCUCCAGUGCAUGCAAACAGUCAACCAGACGAUCGGGCGAGCCAUCCGACACAGUCAAGACUACGCAGCGGUUUUGCUCGCCGACCAUCGUUACACGGACGCGCGCAUCGCGCAGUUUUUCUCUCCGUGGAUCCAAGACGCGCUCCGCGCCUCUCAGAGGGCCCAAAGCCAACCCGCAGUUAGGUCACCCAUCUCGCGGCACGAGCUCCCCGGAGGCGCCGACUUCCAUAACAACGCAAGGGAACACGAUGUUCAACCGGGCACGGAAGACGCGUUAAAAAUGCGGCUCACCUCGUUUUUCAAGCGCAUACAGCAAAUGGAAAGCGAAAGAAGCCACUCUGACACACACUAA